GCGAUGGACGUCCUGCAGUUCCCCGCGCUCGGCGACAAUUACGGAUUCGCGGUGCGGUGUCGGAAAACGAAAACCGUCGCGCUCGUCGACGCGCCGGACGAGGGCGCGAUCGCGCGCGCGCUGUCGAGCGCGGGAUGGGAAUCGCCGUCGAUGAUUCUGAACACGCAUCAUCACCGGGACCACGUCGGGGCGAACGGGGGGGUGCGGGCGCGGUUUCCGGACGCGCGCGUCGUCGUCGUGGCGCCGCGCCGCGAGGCGGAGAAAAUCGGAGACGUCGACGUCGCGGUGGAGGAGGGGGACGUGGUGGAGAUCGGUGACGUCAGGGCGACGGUGCGAGAGACGCCGGGACACACGCUGGGACACGUGGUGUAUCACUUUGAGGAGGAGAAGAAGGUCUUCGUGGGGGACACGAUGUUCGCGCUGGGAUGCGGGAGGUUGUUCGAGGGGACGCCGGCGAUGAUGUGGGCGUCGAUGCAGAAGCUAUUGGCGAUGUCGGACGAUACGCAGGUUUACUGCGCACACGAAUACACGCAGAGCAACGCGAAGUUUGCGCUGAGCGUCGAUCCGACGAACGAAGCGCUGCGCGCUCGCGCUCGGGAAAUCGACGCGCUCCGGGCGAAAGGGGAGCCGACGGUACCGACGACGAUUGGAUUGGAGCGUCUGACGAAUCCGUUUUGCCGA